GUGACCGGCGCUCAACUCUAACUGGUCGUUUGCUGGCUCCGUCUCUGGGACUUGUACACCAAAAUGCCGUAUUACGCUGUUAGAACCGGUCGUUCUCGAGGUGUUUUUUCCACCUGGUCUGAUCCAUUCUUUCAGCUUUUAACUUUAUAGGUCGGAGUGUGAGCAGAUGGUCAGAGGGUUUUCUGGUGCAAAAUAUAAGAAGUUCAGCACGUAUGACGACGCUCGACGCUUUAGCGGUAAUCUUGAGGUUUUUACCAGGUGAUGUUCGUAGAGGGCACUGAAGAUACCAUGGGUACAUGCGAAUUGAACGAUUCCUCAGAAAAUGCAUCGGAUGGCUCUAUCGUCUACACAGAUGGGGCAUGCAUUGGCCCUGGUGAUAACAGACAGGCCGGUUACGGGGUAUACUGGGGGCCAGGUCACCGACUAAAUGUGUCUGAGCGGCUGAGUGGGGAACAAACAAACAACAGGGCAGAAAUUGAGGCUGUGAUAACUGCUGUGAAACAGGCCAAAGAAGUUGGACUCACAAGCAUCACAAUCGCUACUGACAGCAAGUUUGCUCAACACUGUGCGACCGAAUGGGGUCCCGUGUGGGAGAAAAAUGGAUGGAAAUUGUACGACGGCAAGCCCGUCAAACUACGGGAGCCUGUCAAACGGCUAUUACGGGUUAUCCGCGAGUCUGGAGUUAACGUAUCAUGGCGCCACGUUCCUGGGCAUUCCGGUGUCGAGGGAAACGAAGCUGCCGAUCGUCUGGCUAACAUGGCUACCAACAUGUCUCACACGCAGCAAUACGAAAUAAUCACGAAACACACCACUCCAUUCACUGAUCAAAAGCCCGGAACUAGUGGCUUGCGCAAACCCACCAAAACGUUUCAACAACAAUACUAUACUGAGAACUUUAUUCAAGCCACGUUAAAUGCUGCAUUGAAGAAUUCUAUCCUCGGCACUGCGCCUGUUCGUCUGGUAGUCGGUGGUGAUGGACGUUAUUUCCUUCGGGACUGCUUGCAGCGUAUCAUUUUGCCAAUGUGCGCAGCCAACGGGGUUUCGGAGGUUCUUGUCGGUCAGGGCGGUAUUCUAUCAACUCCAGCUGCCUCUUGCAUAAUUCGUACGUAUAAAUUACACGGUGGAAUCCUGCUUACUGCUAGUCAUAAUCCGGGUGGUCCGGAGGCGGAUUUUGGAAUCAAAUACAAUUGUGAGAAUGGCGGUCCAUCACCCGAGAAAGUUACCAAUGCAAUAUAUGAAGAAAGCAAAUCUCUUAGCGAGUUCAGGACACUGGCCCAUCCACUGGAUUUCGACUUGGACAAGAUUGGUGCCUCAGAAUUUAUGUUGAGCAACAAGAAGUCCUUCCGAGUAAACGUGAUUAGCAGCGUGAGUGACUAUGCAUCGUAUAUAAGCUCGCUAUUUGAUUUUGGUGCGAUCAGGGGGCUUUUGAGUGGGUCAUCUGGCCACGCGCCGUUCAAGCUGAAGAUCAGUGGCCUUAGUGGAGUAACUGGACCCUACAUCAAAGAACUUCUUUGCAAGAAGUUGGGAAUGCCUGAGGAGUCUGCUCUCAAAGCCGUACCAUUGGAGGAUUUCGGGGGUGGUCAUCCGGAUCCAAAUUUAACAUAUGCGGCAGAUUUGGUUCAGGCUGUGGUAGACGAUCCCUCAGUGUCCCUCGCAGCGGCGUUUGAUGGAGACGGCGAUCGGAAUAUGAUUAUUGGCCGUAACGGUUUCUUCGUCUCUCCUUGUGACUCCCUGGCCGUCAUCGCGGACAACGUGGAUGCGAUCAAGUAUUUCCGAGAAUCAGGGAUUUCUGGCUGUGCGCGUAGCAUGCCCACCAGUCGUGCAUUGGACCGAGUCUGUGAGGCGCGCAAGAUUCCAUGUUUUGAGGUGCCAACCGGCUGGAAGUUUUUUGGAAACCUAAUGGACGCCAAUAUGUGUUCGUUGUGUGGUGAAGAAAGCUUUGGAACCGGGUCAAAUCAUAUUCGUGAAAAGGAUGGCAUGUGGGCGCUUUUUGCUUGGCUGUCUAUUUUGGCAUCGCGUCAGCAGGCUGGAAAGCCAGCGGAUGUAGAAGCGAUUCUACGUGAACACUGGGUCAAAUAUGGGAGAUACUUCUUCACAAGAUAUGAUUAUGAAAACUGUGAGUCUGCUCAAGGUGAUGCAAUCAUCAGUAAACUGAAAGAACUUCUCAAACAAGGUGUCAAGGACCGCGUUUUCAACACAUCCACUGGACGGCAGUUUACGGGCGACUUCAUUGACGACUUUUCUUACAUUGAUCCCGUUGAUCACUCGGAGACAAAGAAUCAGGGUAUCCGCAUCAUGUUUACAGACGGCACCCGUUUUGUUUAUCGUCUCAGUGGGACUGGAAGCAGUGGGGCCACGUUGCGCAUGUAUAUCGACACAUUCGAACCAGAUCCAUCAAAGCAUGCGAUUCCUUCACAGGUCUACCUCAAAUCUCACAUUGAACUGGCGCUUCAGCUUUGUGGUGUGAAGGAGAUAACCGGGCGUGCGGCUCCAACUGUGAUAACUUGAUCCGCGGAACUAUCACCAUCGGUUUUGCCUUCCUCUGUCUGCGUUGAAGCCCUAGGUAAACAACGGGUGACUGUAGCUAACUUGCUGACCCGCUAAUGUAGUCUCUUUUACGGCGCUCUAGUCUUGUUGCUAGUAAUUUUCGUAUCAAAACUUUUCGAUUUUCUUUUUCUUAUCUGCUCACAAAUGUUAUUUUUCGUUCUUAUACCUCCCAUUGAUUUCUGUCGAGCCAGCUGUUUUUUCUUAAUCCCGUUGGAAAUAAAUUGGCUUCCUU